AUUAGGCGCGUUGCCUUUCUACGCGAUGGAAGACGUGUCGUGUCGAGCUCCCGGGACGAGUGUCUACAAGUUUGGGAUGCGGAAACCGGCGAGCUUGCUAUGCCCGUCUUAUGCAACUAUGACCUCGGUAUUGCGCUCAGUUCGAACAGGAAAUACAUAGCGUCAAUCUGGUCCGAACGAGGAACGGUUCUAAUCUGGAAUGCAGAAACGGGAGAGGUUGUCGGUCAGCCAUUCAACCAUCGUGAUGGACUGAUCUCGUGCUCGUGGGACUUCAUAAAGAUAUGGGACAUCGAGACAGGACAGCUGGUCAAGAUGUUACCGAUCACUCCUGAAUUGGGCAAGAUCCAGUCUUUUGCAUUCUCAUCUGAUGGGCGACAGAUUGUUUCAGUCUCCGUAGUGCGCACGCUGCACGUCUGGACAAUGGAGACAGGGGAACCUAGCGGUAUACCUUUACGAGGUCACACGCGACUUAUCACCUCUUUGGACAUCUCAUACGAUGGCAAGCGCAUUGUCUCAGGUUCCGAUGACAAGACUAUCCGAAUUUGGGACAUGGAACCUAAAGACACUACGCCUCCGCACUCGCAGGGCUAUGGUGAAGGCUGGAUCAACGAGGGCAUUUUCUUUCUUCCCGAUGGAAAACACAUCGUGUCCUUCACCGAGAACUUAGCGGCACGUUUAUGGGACUUACAGACGGGUGAAACUAUCGGCGAGCCUCUGCCUAGCCAGGACGAAAAAUUCGACUCCGUUGACCUCUCGCCCGAUGGGAAUCGAUUCGUUGCAGUGUCCCGGGAGAGGUUUACAAUACAAAUGUGGGAUGCACGUACAGGAGAGUCUAUCGGGGAGCCUAUGCUCCAUGUAUCACUUGAUUCUAAAGAGCGAAGCAUAUACCGCUUAGCUUGGUCACCGGAAGGCCCACAGAUAAUAUCUUCUCAUGAUGGGACACUGCGGAUAUGGGACGUGGAGACAGGACAACUUGCGAGGGACCCUUGGGAGCAACGCAUUCCAAUCAGCGCCCUGGCCAUUUCCGCAGAUGGCGGGCAUGUGGCAUCGGGUUUGCGGGAGUUGCCUUUCUCGGAAUCGAUCGGUCCGGAAACUAUCGAGCUCAAGCCGGAUGGUUGGGUUGUUGGACCGAAGGAUGAACGCCUACUAUGGAUCCCCCCACAACAUCGCCGUGACCUGAUUCAAUGGCCGUGCACGAUGGUCAUUCCAUCAUACGACAUGGUCCAGCUUGACCUCAGCCGUUUCGCUCAUGGUACGUCAUGGCAGGAUUGUUAUACA